UUUGUUGUUUUUUUUUUUUUUAUUCAACUUUCAACAUUGGUAAUUUUGCUACGAACAGAAAGGAUGGCGACUUGACCCCGCGAAUAAUGGAACACUGUACUCAACGAUUGUUACUUUGAGAUUUUCUCAAAAAAGUGCUUCGCUGAUAACAAAAUGGCUGAAGUUGAUCCAGAAACGUUAUUGGAAUGGCUCAGUAUGGGCCAGGGUGAUGAGCGAGACAUGCAGCUCAUCGCUUUGGAACAAUUGUGCAUGUUACUACUUAUGUCCGACAAUGUCGAUCGUUGCUUUGAAAUAUGUCCACCAAGAACAUUUUUACCAGCAUUAUGCAGAAUAUUUUUAGAUGAACAAGCACCAGAUUCUGUUCUUGAAGUAACUGCACGUGCAAUAACAUAUUAUCUUGAUGUAUCAGCAGAAUGUACACGUCGUGUUAUUGCAAUGGAAGGUGCUGUUAAAGCAAUAUGCGGUAGAUUAUCUGGUGCUGGUUUAGGUUCACGUACAAGUCGUGAUUUAGCUGAACAAUGUAUCAAAGUAUUGGAACUUGUUUGUGCAAGAGAAGCUGGUGCUGUAUUUGAAGCUGGUGGUUUACCAUGUUCUUUAUGUUUUAUAAGAGAACAUGGUGCACGUGUACAUCGUGAUACAUUACAUUCAGCAAUGGCUGUUGUAUCACGUUUAUGUGGUAAAGUUGAACCACAAGAUAAAGCAUUACCUGAUUGUGUUGAAGCAUUGUCAAUAUUAUUAAGACAUGAAGAUGCUCAUGUUGCUGAUGGUGCAUUAAGAUGUUUUGCAUCAUUAGCUGAUAGAUUUUCAAGACGUGGAACUGAUCCAGCACCACUUGCUUGUAAUGGACUUGUUGUAGAAUUACUCUAUAGGUUAUCUAAUGCAGCUGGUCCAGGUGCAUCAGCAACAGCAACAUCAAGUAAUCCAAAAACUCCACCACCAUCAAGUACAUCAUCAACAAUGCCAACACCAGAAGCAAAAUCAUGUGCAUCAGUAUCAACAAUAAUAAGUUUAUUAUCAACAUUGUGUCGUGGUUCACCAACAAUAACAUAUGAUUUAUUACGUUCACAAUUACCAGAUGCAAUUGAAAAAGCAGUUAAAGGAGAUGAACGUUGUGCUCUUGAUUCAAUGAGACUUGUUGAUUUAUUACUUGUUUUAUUAUUUGAAGGACGUUCAGCACUUGGUCGUGGAGGUAGUGCUAGUAGUAGUGGUGCUAGUGGUAGUGCUGUUGCUGUUGGUGGUGCUGGUGGUUCAUCUGGACAAUUAUUACCAAGAUUAAGAAGACUUGAUAGUGCUGGUGAAAAAUCACAUAGACAAUUAAUUGAUUGUAUUAGAUCAAAAGAUACUGAUGCACUUAUUGAAGCAAUUGAUAAUGGUGGUAUUGAAGUAAAUUUUAUGGAUGAUGUUGGACAAACAUUAUUAAAUUGGGCAUCAGCAUUUGGUACACAAGAAAUGGUUGAAUUUUUAUGUGAUCGUGGAGCUGAUGUUAAUAAAGGACAACGUUCAUCAAGUUUACAUUAUGCAGCAUGUUUUGGUAGACCAGCAAUUGCUAAAGUAUUAUUACGUCAUGGUGCUAAUCCAGAUUUACGUGAUGAAGAUGGUAAAACAUCAUUAGAUAAAGCACGUGAAAGAGUUGAUGAAGGACAUCGUGAAGUUGCUGCAAUUUUACAAUCACCUGGUGAAUGGAUGUUACCAACAAAUCAAGAACAUAAAAAACCAGAUAAUAAUAAUGACAUUGAUAAUUUUACUGAGCCAAAAGGUGAUCCAGAAAUGGCACCAGUAUAUUUAAAACGUUUAUUACCAGUUUUUUGUUCAACAUUUCAAUCAACAAUGUUAUCAAGUGUUAGAAAAUCAAGUUUGAGUUUAAUUAGAAAAAUGGUACAUUAUAUACAAUCAGAUUUACUUGUUGAAACUUGUGGUGAUGAUAAAACAGCUGGUUGUGGAGCUAUGCUGGUUGAAGUUAUUGCAAAUGUUCUUGAUAAUGAGGAAGAUGAAGAUGGUCAUUUGAUAGUUUUACAAAUGAUACAAGAUUUAAUGAUGAAAGGAAAAGAUGAAUUUCUUGAACAUUUUGCAAGAUUAGGAGUUUUUUCAAAAGUUGCUGCACUUGCUGGACCACAAGAAACAACACCAGAACCAGAAUCAGAAUCAACAAUACCUGGUGAUGAACAUAGACUUGAAGAUGCUAAAGAAUUAAUUGUUGGUCGUGCAUAUCAUUGGCGAGAUUGGUGUAUUUGUCGUGGACGUGAUUGUCUUUAUGUAUGGUCAGAUGCUGCUGCACUUGAAUUAUCAAAUGGAAGUAAUGGAUGGUUUAGAUUUAUUCUUGAUGGUAAACUUGCAACAAUGUAUUCAAGUGGAAGUCCAGAAGGUGGAACUGAUACAAAUGGAAAAGGAAGGAAUACUGAAUCACUCACAACAGAAGAAAAUCGUGGUGAAUUUUUGGAAAAAUUACAACGUGCAAGAAGUCAAGUUAAGCCAAAUUCAGUUAGUCAACCGGUAUUAUCGAGACCAGGUCCAACAAGAUUAGUUGUUGGUAAUUGGGCAUUGUCAUCAAGAAAAGAAUGUGAAGUAUUUAUACAUAAUUCUGAUGGUCAACAACAAGCAACAAUAUUACGUGAAGAUUUACCUGGCUUUAUAUUUGAAUCAAAUCGUAGAACAAAACAUUCAUUUACUGCUGAAACAAGUUUAGGUCCUGAUUUUGCAGCAGGAUGGGCUGGUAAACGUGGUAAACGUUUACGUUCAAAAAUUGAAGCAAUUAAACAAAAAGUAAAAACACAAGCACAAGAAAUAUAUGAAAAUUAUUUUAAAGCAGCUCAAGCACAACCACGUGGUGUUGUUGGUAAACUUUCAGCAAUUGUUAAUCAAAUUGAAAGAGCAUGUCAAAAACAAUUAUCUGGUAAUCGUGAAUGGCGUAAUGUAUUACAAAUAUCAUUGGAAGAAUUAAAAUUAUUAUUAAAUGAAGAAGGAAGAGUAUCAGCAUAUGAAUUACAUUCAAGUGGUCUUGUACAAGCAUUAUUAGCAUUAUUAGCUGGACCAACAAGUACAAUACAAUUACCAUCAUCACGUUUAACAAAAUUACGUUUACAACGUAUUGCUGUAUUUAAAUCAUGUUUUAAUUCAACAAAUACAAAUGAUGAUAAUAAUUCAGCUAAAAUACUUGUACAAAAAUUAAUAUCUGUACUUGAAUCAAUUGAAAAAUUACCAGUAUAUUUAUAUGAUACACCUGGUUCUGGUUAUGGUUUACAAAUAUUAACAAGACGUCUUAGAUUUAGAUUAGAAAAAUCACCAUGCGAAUCAGCUUUAAUUGAUCGUACUGGUCGUAGUUUAAAAAUGGAACCAUUAAGUACAAUACAACAAUUGGAAAAUCAUUUAUUAAAAAUGGUUGCAAAACAAUGGCAUGAUCAUGAUAGAUCAACAUUUACAUUUGUUAAAAAAUUAAAAGAUAUUGAUAAAUUAACAUUUCAAUAUCAGCAUGAUUUUGAUGAAAAUGGUAUAAUAUAUUGGAUUGGUACAAAUGGUAAAACAACAAAUGAAUGGAUUAAUCCAGGACAAUAUGGUCUUGUUGUUGUAACAUCAAGUGAUGGUAGAACAUUACCAUAUGGACAUCUUGAAGAUAUAUUAAGUCGUGAACAAAAUGCACUUAAUUGUCAUACAAAUGAUGAUAAACGUGCAUGGUUUUCAAUUGAUCUUGGUGUAUGGUUAAUACCAACAGCAUAUACACUACGUCAUGCACGUGGUUAUGGACGUAGUGCAUUACGUAAUUGGUCAUUUCAAGUAUCAAAAGAUGGUAUUAGUUGGAUAACAAUAAUAACACAUUGUGAUGAUUGUUCAUUAAAUGAACCAGGUAGUACAGCAACAUGGACAUUAGAAUCACCAAAUGAUGAAUUACAAGGAUGGCGUCAUUUACGUUUACAACAAACUGGAAAAAAUGCAUCUGGACAAACACAUUAUUUAUCUGUAUCUGGAUUUGAAGUAUAUGGUGAAGUUACUGGUGUUUGUGAAGAUUUAGGAAAAGCAGCACGUGAAGCUGAAGCUGGUGUUAGACGUCAAAGAAGAUUAAUAAGAACACAGGUAUUACGUCAUCUUGUUAGUGGUGCAAGGGUUGCUAGGGGUCUUGAUUGGAAAUGGAAAGAUCAGGAUGGUAUACCACCUGGUGAAGGUUCUAUAACUGGUGAAUUACAUAAUGGUUGGAUUGAUGUUACAUGGGAUCAUGGUGGUUCAAAUUCAUAUCGUAUGGGUGCUGAGGGAAAAUAUGAUUUACGAAUUAAUAGUAAUAAUAAUACAUUGGAUGGGGGUGGUAGUGGUGGUGGUGUUGGCAUUGGCAUUGGCAUUGGUGGUAUUGGUUGUUGUGGUAGUGGUGGUAGUGGUGGUAGUGAUAUAAAAAAUAAAAAUUCAAGUGGUAUAUUAACGGGAAGAAAAUCAAGUAGUACAACAAGUUUACCAGAUUGUACUGAUAUUAGUUUAAGGGGUUCAGUUGUAACAUCUGAUCAAACAGCAAGUGUUGAUAAUUUAAUAGCUAAAAAUACUGCUGAAACAAUUGCUGAAAGUGUUUUAUCAAUUGGUAAAAGUGAGGCUGUUGUUGCUGUUACUGGGGAGGGUGGUGCUGGUUGUACAACUGGUGAACUUUCUGUUGUUUUACAUCCUCGUCCUGAUAAUAAUGUUACAAGUGAUCUUGCAACAAUUGUUGAAUCUUUGGCAUUGAAUACUGAUUGUACAUCAAAUAGUAAUAGUAAUCGUGCAUCAAGCAGUUCUAAACCACUUUUUUCAACUUUGAGGGGAAACAAGCCAUCAAGUGGUUUAUUGAGUCUUGAAGCUGUUGAAGUACUUGAUCGUCUACGUGAAGGUGCCGAUAGAUUACGUAAUAAUACAAACAGUUUCUUAAGUGGUGAAUUACUUGGUUUAGUACCUGUUAGAAUAUCAGUAUCUAAUGAAGCUGAUGAAAAUCCAUUAAGAAUUCGUACAGUUCAACGAGAAAUUCCACCACCAUCACCUGCUGCAACAAAAGUAUGCAGUCGUGAUAAAGAUGCUAGUUCAUCCUCACAAAAUCCAUCUGGGGGAGGUCCUGUUGUGGUUACCAAUCCUAUGUCCGUAUCUGUACCCAAUCUCGCUUGUUCUGAUGCUAACAACACUAUGGAACCAGCAGCAACAACUGGUUUAUUGGAAACGUUUGCUGCAAUGGCACGAAGACGUACUUUAGGACCAUCUGGUACACAACAUAUUGCACCAAAUUCAAAUAAUGGAUCAAAUUCACGUGGACAAAAUUCAGUUUCAAGUCUUGUUAGAUUAGCACUUAGUUCAAAUUUUCCUGGUGGUUUAUUGAGUACAGCACAAAGUUUUCCAAGUCUUACAAGUUCAGGACAGGUUACUGGAAGUGGUGUUACAACAACAACAACUGGUGCUAGCCUUGGACAAGCACUUACAAUGUCAUUAACAAGUACGAGUAGCGACAGUGAACAGUUGUGGCUACAGGUCAGUCUUGAGGAUUUUUUGGAAUCAUGCGGUGGUGGUAUUACAAAUUCAAAUAUAAGUGGUACACGUACUGUUGGUGGUCCAACAUUACUUGGUGAUCUUGAUGAUGAUGAAGAUGGUGUAUUAGCUGAAGAAGAUGAUGAUAAUGAAGAAAAUGAUCAAGAAGAUGAUGAUGAAGAAAAUGAAGAAGAAGGUGAAGGUGGUGAGGGUGGUGAAUAUGAAGAAGUUAUGGUAUCAAGAAAUUUAUUAGCAGCAUUUAUGGAUGAAGAAACACCACAAAGUACAAAACGUCGUGCUUGGGAUGAUGAAUUUGUAUUAAAACGUCAAUUUUCAGCAUUAAUACCAGCAUUUGAUCCACGUCCAGGUCGUACAAAUAUAAAUCAAACAACUGAUUUAGAUGUACCACCACCUGGUAGUGAUACACAACCAGGUAUACGUACUGGUAUAUCAACAAUGCCAAGUUUAUCACUUAUACUUAAAGGACCAGGUUUACCAGAUAUACCAGAUGUUGAAUUAACAUUAAAUGAUUCACAUACAAGUAUAUUUCAAGCUGUACAAGAAUUAAUGCAAUUAACUGAACUUGGUAGUAGACAAGAAAAAUUACGUAGAAUAUGGGAACCAACAUAUACAAUAAUUUAUAAAGAAUGCAAAGAUGAUGAUGAAUCAUCUGGACGUGCAACACCAAUUGUAACACUUUAUUCAGGUAAAUUAACAAAUCAAAAUACAAAUAUAUGUACUGUUGAAGAUGUAUUACAAUUAUUACGUCAUGUUUAUGUAUUAAGUACAAAAAAUAAUAGUUAUAAUGAUGAUAAAAAAAAAAGUAAUAGAGAAGAUAUUAUUAUAAUUGAUAAUAAUGAUAAUAAUAAUGAUAAUGAUGAUACAUUAUGUACAAUUAAUCCAGAUGAUUUUACAUCUAAAAAAAUAACAAAUAAAAUAUUACAACAAAUACAAGAUCCAUUGGCCCUUGCAGCUGGUGCAUUACCAACAUGGUGUGAAGAAUUAGCCCGUAGUUGUCCAUUUUUACUUCCAUUUGAAACACGUCGUUUAUAUUUUAGUUGUACUGCAUUUGGUGCAUCAAGAUCAAUAGUAUGGUUACAAACACAAAGAGAUGCUGUAUUAGAACGUCAACGUGCACCUGGUUUAAGUCCAAGACGUGAUGAUAGUCAUGAAUUUAGAGUUGGUAGAUUAAAACAUGAAAGAGUUAGUGUACCACGUGGUGAUAAAUUACUUGAUUGGGCUGAACAAGUACUUAAAGUACAUGCAAAUCGUAAAAGUAUAUUAGAAGUUGAAUUUGUUGGCGAAGAAGGUACUGGUCUUGGACCAACAUUAGAAUUUUUUGCACUUGUUGCUGCUGAAUUACAAAGAAAAGAUUUAGGUUUAUGGCUAUGUGAUGAUGAUGAUACAAGUGAUAUUUUAAAAAUAUCAUCAUCUGAUGAUAAUAUUAAACCAAUUGGUUAUUAUGUUUCUCGUACUAGUGGUUUAUUUCCAGCACCAUUACCACAAAGUUCAGAAUUAUGUAAUCGUGCUGUACGUUAUUUUUGGUUUUUGGGUGUAUUUUUGGCUAAAGUAUUACAAGAUAAUCGUCUUGUUGAUUUACCAUUAUCAAGAUCAUUUUUAAAAUUAAUGUGUCAUGGUGAUAUAACAAAUAAUGUUAAUGAAAAAAUUGGAUUAACUGGUGUUACACAAGAAAGUAUGUCAUCAAGUAUGGCAUCAAGUUUUAUAUCUGAUGAUGGUGGUGAUAAUAAUAAUGAUGGUAAUGGUAUUUAUACAUCAUUAGAACCAAUACCAUGGUAUAGUAAUAUACUUGAUACAGAUGAUCUUGUAUCUGUUGAUCCAGUACGUGGUAAAUUUAUUAAAGAUAUACAAACAUUAAUUAAUAAACGUGAACGUUGUUUAUCUGAUGGUUGUACAUCAUCAAUAAAUGAUGAUGAUUAUUAUAAAAUUAAUCAUUCAUCUGGUGCAUCAGUUGCUAUUGAUGAUUUAGGACUUACAAUGACAUAUUCGGUAUGUUCAAAAAUAUUUCAACAUGAUCAAAUUGAACUUGUUGAUGGUGGUUGUGAUAUACCAGUUACCAUUGAUAAUGCCAAGGAAUAUGCUGAUUUAACAAUAUCAUAUUGUUUAAAUAAAGGUAUAGCACGACAAAUGGAAGCUUUUAAAGCUGGUUUUUCAAAAGUUUUUCCAAUGGAAAAACUACAUGCCUUCAGCCCAGAAGAAGUCAGAGCAAUGCUUUGUGGUGAACAAAAUCCACAAUGGACACGUGAAGAUUUGCUCAAUUAUACUGAACCAAAAUUGGGAUAUACCAGAGAAAGUCCUGGAUUCCAAAGAUUUGUCAAUGUAUUAGUAUCAUUAACUGGGCCAGAAAGAAAAGCUUUUCUUCAAUUUGCAACUGGUUGCUCAGCUCUACCUCCAGGUGGUUUGUGUAAUCUUCAUCCAAGACUGACUGUUGUUCGAAAAGUUGAUGCUGGAUCAGGUGGUUAUCCAUCAGUCAACACUUGUGUACAUUACUUGAAACUUCCUGAGUACCCAACUGAAAGUCAAUUGAAAGAAAGACUUUUAGCUGCAACACGUGAACGUGGCUUCUAUCUCAAUUAAAACAAAAACAAAAAAAAAACAAAAAUUAUUAGUCUUACCUUUUAUUUGAUGGAUAUUUUUAUUGUUAUUAUUUAAACAAACAAAAACUAAAAAAAAAAUAAUUGUUUUAAUAUGUGGCAACUGUUUCCUUUUUUUUUUUUUUUAAUACUGGACAAGAUGUAAUCUUAUCUUUAUGGGAUUAAGAAAAAAAAAAAACAAUUUAAAAAUCAGCAAUUCUAUCGGCAUAACUCAGUGAUACACAAGGCACUUGACGUGUUCGGGAUUUAAAAUAAAUAAAUAAAAAUAUUAGUAUAUUUAGAUGUCAAAAUACUUUGAUUUUAUAAUCUAAGAUUAAACUAAUAUCACGUUUUAAAAUACGAGAGCGGGAAAGAUUAAAAGAUUUAGAAAAAAACAAAAAACAAAUAAGAAAAGCCAGUGAAAUUAAAAGUUUUUCGUUGAGCUUUUUGUUUUUUUUUGUUUUACCACGCUCUCUGUCCACUUUUUGUCUUCAUGAUAAACCAGGUAAAUGCGUAUCACAUCCUCGAGAAUACUCGUACAUGUGGCUUAUUAAUAUUAUAAAUUAAACGUAAACUUCUUAGGCACCGAUAUCAAAUUAUUAAUUUUUCUCUCUUUUGUAUUUAUAAACUAUUCAGUUUAACAAACAAAAAAAAAAACUGAUUUAUUCAGCUCUUAUGUACAUCCUCGACUUUUCAAUCUAAUGAUUUUUCAUUUUUUUUUUUUAUCCUAUAAAUUUGUGUUGUAUUUAUAAUUUUUUUCGAGCUUGUUAAUUGUAGUAAAACUUAUUCUUUUUUUUUUUUAGUUGCCUGAGCUAGAAACAGAUAAAAAAAAAAAAUAAUAAAUAAAUACACCGUGGUGUUAAUCCGAUUAAUCAUUUUCUUUUACAAAGUUUGAAAAAAAAAAUCUACACUUUUUUUUUUUUUCUCCAUAGGUAAAUUAUAUAAUGAUAUAUAUAAAUAUUUAAAAAUAUACUUUUGCUUUGUGCGAUAUAAAAUUGUUCUUUAAUAAAAUUCGAGUAAUUUACAGAAAGUGAUAUGAAAAUGUGAAAAAAAAAAAAAUAAA